AUGAACUUCAACUGCCAUGUUGAACUACCCAGUCCGGAGAAAAAUACGGGGCUUAUGAAGCACUGGAACAGUUCCGCUCAAGGGUCUACUUUGUCGGCGGUGAUUCUUUCCGGUGACCUGCACCAACAUUGGAGAACUCAACCUGUGUUCGGAAAUUUUCGGGAAUCAGUGCCCAAGGUUGAAAGUUUGGUGAGGGUGAAACGGGAAAACUCGAAGAAGCUCCAUGAUGAAGUCAGCUUGGCCGGCAUCCGGGCUUAUCUGGACUUCUACGAAGAAAAGUACAGAGAAUUGCUUCAGUUCAAAAACUUGGCAGAUUGGACGUAUCACACCAACAUAACCCUGGAAAAUUCUGCUCAAAGGGAUGCCGCAUCUUUAGCACUGUUCUCAUGGCAAAGAAACGAAUGGAUGUCGAACAUCAGCAAUUUCGAUACAGAAGUUCUGGAGUCGUAUGAAGACGAAGAACUCAGACGAAGAUUUCAUUCCAUCCUGGUUCUCGGCGUGGCUGCGUUGGAUGAUCAAAAAUUGCAAAGGAGAAACCAGCUUGUUACGGAGAUGACUUCUAUCUACGCGUCUGCGAAAAUCUGCCCAUUCGAGGACAAGAAUUGCACAGAACCAACUUUGUCACUCGAACCAGAUUUGGAAAACAUCAUGGCAACCUGCAACUCCAAGAAGGAUUAUGACUUAUUGGCUCAUGUGUGGAAAGAAUGGCGAGAUGCAACCGGCAGAAAAAUGCGGGAUAAAUUUCUGGAAUACGUUCAACUGACGAAUGAUGCAGCAAUUGCCAACAAUGAUGAGUCCAGAAUUGCGAGUGGUGCUGACCUCUGGCUGCGAGUUUAUGAAACAGAGGGCAUUCAGGAGGAGUUUGAAACCUUGUACGGUGAAGCCAUGGAGUUUUAUCGAGAAUUGCAUGCCAUGGUGAGAUACAAACUGCGACUGCAUUUCGGUGAAGACAAGAUCGAUCCCAAAGGACCGAUUCCAGCUCAUCUUUUUGCCACUGUCUGCGUUUGCCUGCUUGGGAAUUAUUCUGUGAGGCAGAUGUUUCAGUUGGCUGAUAACUUCCUGGUGAGUUUGGGACUAGUUGGACUGCAAGAAGGAUCGCCAAACUUUUAUGAAAAUUCCAUGUUGGAGAAGCCAGGGGAUGGGAGAGAAGUUCUUUGCCAUGCUUUUGCUUUUGACAUGAUGGCAACAAAUAAGUUACCAGGGGAUUUCAGGUACCCUUCAACCAAAUAUCUUUCAGAAAUGACGGUUAAUCAUUUUGUGGAUACCAUUUGCAGGAUCAAGCAAUGCACAUCAGUGAACUUUGACGAUUUUAUCACAAUUCACCAUGAAAUGGGACAUGUUCAGUAUUACAUGCAGUAUGUGAAACAAUCACCUCUGUUUAGGGAUGGUGCAAAUCCAGGUACAUUAUUUUAUUGGAAAGAUUUGCAUUCCUGCCCUUCAGCUAUGUGGAGAGUUUUCCAAGGGAUCAUCACAAAGGAGAACUUGAAUACAGCUUGGUGGAAGCUGGUGGAACAAUAUCAAGGAAUCACUCCACCAGUGAAAAGGAACGAGGACUAUUUUGACGCCGGCGCAAAAUUCCACGUUGCAAACGACGUCCAAUACGCCAAAUACUUUGUGGCCAGAAUUUUGCAGUUCCAGUUCCACCAAGCCCUGUGCGAAGAAGCCGGCCAAUUCAACCCCUACGAUCCAGACGAAAUGCCUCUGCAUGAAUGCGACAUUAUGAAAAGCAAAGCUGCUGGGCGAAAACUGAGGCAAAUAACGGGAAGUUCUCGUCACUGGAAAGAAGUUCUCUUGGAAUUCACGGGAAGAGAAGAGAUGAGCUUGGAACCCAUGUUGAAUUAUUUCAAGCCAUUGCGGAAGUAUUUGAAACAAUAUGUGGAGGCUAAAAAUUUACCUUUGGGGUGGGAAGAAGGCAGUCGGCGAUGGAGGCUUUUGUAUGCACCCGACACUGAAUCUUCCACAACUGUGCUUGAGAAACCUUCCAUCCACCUGAUGGUUGCUUUUAUUUCGUUUCUCCAUCUGGGUUCCAGGUUUUCAGCCUCAAGCAUUUGCGCACAUACUUCUCCAACGGUUUCCGGAAUAGGAAGAGGCCAGUUGAGGAUUAUCGUCGACUCUGCUGUUACCACGGACGCUCAGCCAAUGAGAGGGCUGGCGGAAACCGGUAGUGAUUCGACGGGAGUGUGCCAACGUUCUCGGCCAUCUUGUGGGGAUCAGUGUAUCCACGUAGACUUGACGGAAAGGUCCAAUCCGUGA